CAUUUUUAUUUUCCCGCUUACCCAAUCGGUCCCGGAAUUCCAUCUUUCUGGAACUGAACAGGGGAGACGACCUUCGCCUUUUCCUCCCAAUCCUUCUUCGAUUACAGGGAUUUUGGAGAUUAAUAUUCGGAGGCAAGUGAAAUGGAGGAAGUUCAUAAAGAGUUAGAUGAAGUCAGAGCGGAGAUGGAGAAGCUCAGAAAGGAGUUUCAGAUUAGAAUGGAACUUUCUGAGAGUUUAAAGAAAGCAAAAGAUGAGCAUAUACUUAGGCUUCAAGAGGCUAACCGGCAGAUUGAAAAACAGGCCCAAGAAUUAAAUGCCAAGUAUGAGGAAAUCUCUGAAAUAAGGCAGAUUCUUGACAACCUUACAUCUGGUUUGCUGGAGAAGGAGUCAUCUCUCAGGCACUUGAGGUCUGCAAAUGAAAAACUCCGUACUGAUUCUGAGGAGAAGUUGCAUAAGCUGCAAGAAGGGAAUAAAGAGCUGAUGUUGGCUUUAGAUGAAGCUAUGGAGAAGAAUAAAGACUUAGAGCAAGAGCUUUGUGUGAGGAAUAGUGAAAUUGUGGGACUCAAAAGACUCCUAACAGCUUCAGAAAGCAAGCUUCUUGAAGCAAAAGAAAAUGUACGGGCACAACAAGAAUUGAGGUUAAGAGAUGAUUUGAUACUUAAACUGGAGGAGGAUAGUAGGAAUAUCCAGGAUCAGCUGAAAUGGAAGACAGAGAAGUUUGAAUACCUUGAAGAUGCUCAUAAAAGGCUCCAGGACCAGUUUCAGUUGAGUAGAGAUGAGUGGCAGAGGGAGAAAUCAUCACUACUUGAAGAGAUUUCCUUAUUGCAAACGAGGCUGGAUUCUCAAACUAGAAUUUCAGAUGGCCUUAAAACACAGUUGGAGAUGUGCAGCCAUGCCCUAGCUUAUGAAGAAAGCCGGAGAAAAGUUCUGGAAGGUCAAGUAUCUGAACUUAAAUCCCUUUUUGAGAGUGCUUCGCUUCAGAGUCAAAAACAUUCCAAAAUUGAAACUAUGAUUCAUCAUAGGGAUGAAGAAAUUGCAAGCCUAAGAAACAUUUUAGGAAAGAAGGAGACAUUUGUAAAAGAAUCAGAAUUUAAGGUUGCUCAGCUUGAGCAAGAGAACGUGGAAUUAAAGGAAUCUCUUAAGGAACUUCGGGAAGCUCAUAUCAGAAGUGCUGGUGGACAUGCUGGAGGACACACUGCUUCAUUAACAAAACUGCGCAACAAGCUUAGAGACCUCAAGCAAGUGCAUGGUAAGUGUUCUAAAAAUCUGAAAGCAAGAGAAUCUGAAUUGAGUUCUAAAAUAGAGGAAAUGAAGGGGGAUAUUGAUGGUUAUGAAUCGAAAUUGAAGGAUAAAGAAAAAAUGAUCCAGGAACUUCACAUGAACCUGGGAAAUUGUCAUUGUAGAAUUGAUGCCUUGAAUGAGGAGAUUUCACUGCUACUUAUGGUUUUAAAGUUAGAAUUUUCUGAAGCCUUUUGGAAACUGUUAAAUGAAAAAACUGAAGUCGAACUAUGCAACAGAAAGAAGGAUGAUGAGAUUUCCUCUCUUACAAAGCUGUUGCAGAUGAAGACUGCUGCUCUAGAGAAAAUAGAUGAGAGAAAUCAUUUAGAGUUUGAACAUAACAUUAAUUCUACUGCUGAAGAAAGGACAAGCCUUUGCAUUGAAGAAAAUGAGGAAUGCUGUAAAGAAAUUGAGACUUCCUUUCACUCAGACACUGAGAAUGUGGCAACCCUUAAGCAGGAGAAAGAUAAGCUUCUUAAUAUUGUUGAAGAGCAUGAGAAGACCAUAAACAAUCUACAGCAAGAGAUCUUGGAAGAAAAGAAUAGUUGCAUAGACAAUCUCCAGGAAGAUCUAGCAUUGCUGAAGCAAGAGUUUGUCCCAAGACAAGCUGAAACUACAAUUCUUGUCAGUUUAGAUGCAGCAAAAGCCUCGGAGCAGGAGAAAGAGAGGCUUGUAGAACUUUUGAAUGAGCAAGAGAAGAGCAUUACUGAUCUCCAUGUACUAAACAGGAUGCUGGAACUAGAUUUGACAAAUGCCAUAGUCUCCUCUGCCUCAGAAGUCAUAGAAAAGCAAAUUGAGGUCACUGCCAUUUUUGAAGUUUUGAAAAACUCUGAGCAUCUGAGAAAGCUAGAAGUUGAUGAGAAGAACAAGGUGAUUCUUAAAUUGGAAAAGGAAGUAAGUAGUUUAUGCCAAAUUCAGAGUUCUCUAGAGGAAUCAUUACUUCACUCAAAUCAACAAUCAGAGCAGCUUCUAACUUUGCUGGAAACUAAGAAUUUGGAAACUGAAGAGUUGAUGAUUCAAGUUCACAAUGAACAGAGAAAGAGGGAGGGCCUAAUUAAUGAACCUGAGUUUGAAAAAGGAGUUCUGCUUCAUAAUAACAUGAUGCUAUCAGGAAAAUUGGAUGAUGCCAUGGCUCAUAUUGAAGAGAUUUCCAGCUCGAUUAGUGGGGUUUCAUGUGAGGAUAUGAAGCUGAUGGAAAGUUUGAGAAAAAUUUUGCAGAGUUUUGAGAAUGGGCUCAUAAUUGCAGAUGGUCCAAAAGAAAAUGAUGACCUCUUUGAUUCUGUUGGAAGGAAAGCAGAGUCUUCUAUUACUAAUCCUGCAGUAGUUAAAACUGAAAGAGGUUGUGACGAAAGAUUUCCAUUGAAAGAGCUAAAUCAUUAUCAGUGUCUGCUAGGAGAAACUAAAUCUUCAAUCACCAGGAACCAGAAUUGACAUUGUAGGUUUGCUAUUUCAAGAAAUCAAACAGAAUUAGUGUGUGCUGCAUAUCUGAGAUUUUCCCCAUGGACUGUAUAGCUGUUCAAGCUAGAAUUGAGAAAUGCUCUCUCCUCAGUACCUUUUUUCUUUGUAUUGUUUUGAUUUGGUUAUCCAACUCAAUAAGUGAUUUUCAUGUAAACAGCUUAAAAGAGUAUGCAUCUGAUUCUUUUUGCUCUAUGUAAACUCAAGCAUGUACGUCUAGGAAAAUUAUGCAUUGCUGGUGCAUAAUAUUGAGUUGAUAUUGUGAAAAUGUUUCUGUUUGUUCUUGAUAAAUAAAUGUUUUCCCGUGUU